AUGACAACAGUCCCACAAAUAUACACUUCUCAUGAAGAAAAUUCCGUUUCGUUAGAAGCAGAAAUUCAAAGCAUAGAGUCAUCUAUUGACACUUCCUCGAAUAAUUUUUCUAAGAAUAAAGAGCAAAUUGCAAUUUCAUCAAACAUUCAACCUUUUUCUCCCGAGCUUGCUGAUAAAUUGGAAGAGAUUUCCACAGCAAGUCUUUGUGAUGGACAGAAACAAAUUCCAACAAUGGAACAAGAAAAACAGAACCAGAAAAAGGAUGUUAACAGCAGCUUGUCCACGUCAGAAGAUAUUUUAUCAAAGCAAGACCUCCCAGGCGCCAAUAAUCAAAAGCAAACAACCCCAAUCCUCAGUGCUGAAAAUAGCCCCAUAAAAAGCUCAUUUACGACACAAGUUCCUAACUCAAAUACCGAGCUUCAUAGUCCUAUGCUAAUUCCACUCGACAAUACAUACGUUCCUGUGCAAGAUGAAUUCGAUAAUGUUUCUAAUGAGACAACGACUGCUUCAAAGUCUCCGAAAAAAAUUGAUGCACAAGAACUUAAAGAUUCUGACGAAAAUAAAAAUGAUGUUGCGUCAACGAAUGACAUUAAGCAAGAAAUACCAGUCUCAUCAACACACGAUAUUAUGUUUAAUUCAAAGACGCUGCAAAAUUCUGGCGAGCAUGAAGUUGCAAUCAAUAAAGCGACCGAUAAGGAACAAGUUGAUAAUAAAGUCAACGUCUCGAAUAAGAAAACUGUUGUCGGAAAGCAAGAAAUUUCGUGCAUAAAUUACUCCAAAUUAGCUGAGGCUAGUCCUCCUAGCAAUGCCGGGGUAAUUGAUGCUAUUCCGACUACACGUGAACUUCCAGCUGCAUGCUUAUUUGUCGCUAGCCUUUCAACAAAUAAACCGGAUGCUCAACUUCAAAAAGCUGUUUUAGAGCAUUUUAUCAAAUGGGGAACAGUCAUGAAUGUAAAAGUUCUAAAAGAUCCCCAGCAACGACCAUACGCAUUCGUUCAAUACGAGAAUGUAAGCGAUGCAAGAAAUGCAUUGGUUCAAGCUCAUAAUACCCAAAUUGAAGGACGUCUUAUUCGCGUAGAACAAGCAAGGGUUAAUAGAACACUGUUCUUAGGUCGUUUAAACAGGAAUUUUAAGGAAGAGGAUAUCAAAAGAUUAGUAGCUGUUUAUGGAGAAACCGAAGAUGUUCAUCUUCUUAGAAACUACUACACUGGUCGCUCAAAAUGUUGUGCAUUUAUCAAAUUUUGCUAUAGAGAUGAUGCAAUUCGGGCUUAUAUCAGCUUGAGGCAAAAUGCCACUUAUAUCACCGAAUGGGCAACCAAUAUUGAGCGAGCGGUUCCACGUCCAGAAGACAUCGACAACCUUUCUAUCUUUGUUGGAUGGCUUAACGAAAAUUUGGUCACCUCUGAUAUUCUCAAGCAACGCUUUGAAAAAUACGGAGAAAUCGACGAUUUAAAUCUGAUAAAUCGCCAAUCAGCUCGUAAUUCAGAAUUGCGACCGGCAUUCGCUUUUAUAAAAUAUAAGAACGAAGCAUCUGUUAGAGAAGCGAUUAAGAACGAGAAUAAUGCAUUGUUUCUUGGAAGAAAUAUCCGGGUGGAGCCAAAAGAAUCGCCAGAAUUUCGUCAAUUAAAAUCAGAACUGCUCCGUCAACAGCAAUUGAUACGAAAUCGAUCUCUACAGAAUUAUACUGCAAUGACAAUCCCACCACCAAUUCAUUAUCAACCUUUAACAGCCAAUGCAUCGUCCAAUCGACGACCUUUUACUGCUUCACCAAAAAAAUCGAAUACCAAACAAAAGAAGUUUGACACAAAUCAGCAAGCAGGAAAUCAGCAGCCAAGCCAGCAACGAGUGGACAUAGACACAGAGAUCUCCAAUAGGAGAAAAGAAACAGAAAAAAACCAAGCAGCUAAUAAAUUUUGUGGAGGAUCAGAUAAAGUGGCAGAAGAUAAAUCUUUAUUGAAUCGUAAACAGCAGCAACAAUCGCAAUCUAAUUCAGCUACCGUGACUUCUUUUGGCUCGCAAAUGAUUCCCCCUCCGUUAAUGAAUCAACAGCCAAAUUAUAUGCCUGAAGUAUCGACAAUGGGUAUACCGUGGACUACACAUGAAGGCACGCCGCAUGAAAUGCUUUACUAUGCUGCGCCAUUUAUUCAAACUCCAGAAGGACCCAUCUACCCAUACGCACCUCCGGUGUCUUUCAUGGGUAAUCCAACACUUACAACUUCAUCUUUAUUCCCAAUGCCAUAUUAUAAUAGCGAGUUCUACCACGAAACUCCUGCAUUAGUUCCACAACCAACUCAUUUAUCACCAAUGAAUUUCCACGAAUAUAUGGCACCGGUCAUUCCUGGGCAAAGAGAUUCAUUAUUUGCACCCCAAGAGAGUGCAAAUAAAAUGUCAAAAGUCAUUACACCACCAGCAAACAUGAUUCCGAUAGUAAACACCAGCAACACCGCAAGUUUCCAAACUUCUGCAUUCACUUCAACUUUUCAAGAGUCAUUUGCUUCUAGAGCUAAUAAUAACACCACUGCUGAUGCACAAAUGAGCGAAGCUAAUUCAUUUCGCGGAGAUCCGGCCUCGGUCGAAUUAUCGACUACCGUGGCAGCAAGCGAUUCUGGUAAUAGUGGGACGAUUUGUCACAAUGAUCCGGUUGAAUUGACGAGCAAUACGUCAUCGUUUCCUCAAUAG